AGAUGAAAUCACAUGUAGACAGAAAGCUUACACAUACUUUUCUGAUAAUGAACCAGAGCUUAAAGUGAGACUGAUUGUGACUUGGACUGACGCAAAUGGUGUAGCACAUAUCCUCGAUGACAUGUAUGGGUUUAACGUAACUCUUUACAAAUGUGAAGUCCAGAAGCCAGACUGCAGCCGAUGUGUUACGGCCCGUCCAGAGCUUGGAUGUGUCUGGUGUGCUACCAUGCCAACCGUGUCGGGUGUUUGCAAGCUCAAUGAAACUUGCAGUGAUAAUUCUGAGAAUCCAUAUAAUGGAUUUAACUGUCCUAAUCCAGUUCUUCUUGAGGUUUUUCCUUUGACUGGACCGAUUGAAGGCAACACAGUCCUAGCCGUAAUAGGAACUGACAUCGGUCAGAGAUUUGCGGACGUUUUGGCUGUUCUGGUUGGUAACCAGCCCUGUGAUCUGGAUGGACUAAGCUCGCACUACAUGACCGGAAAAAGUGUGAGCUGCCGAACAAGACCUGAGAGUAAAGGAAGUAAGUUGGUCUCUUUGACAAUCAUGGGGGUAGAUGAUAAACAGCAGAACAGCUCUGGAAACGUCACCUUUAGCUACACAGAUCCGCGGAUAACGCUGUUUGAGCCUCGUUAUGGCCCAGACGCUGGUGGAACUGCUUUAAGUGUGAGUGGAGAAGCCCUCGACACAGGACGCCAUAUCGAAGGAUUAAUUGGAGACCAUUCUUGCUUCGUGUUACCUGACAGGACAGGGACAGCGUUAGUGUGUACAACUUCCGAAGGGCAGGCUGGAGUAGCAAAUAACCUGCGCUUGGUCUUUGAUGGGGCAAACAGAACGUCGGCACAGAUGUACUCUUACACAGAAAGUCCUACCAUCACGCGGGUGCAUCCAUUGGAGAGCAUCUAUUCGGGUGGUCGGAUGUUGAAUGUAUUUGGUCAAUUCCUGAGCACCUGCCAGUAUCGUCAAAUUUACGUUAGUGCCGACAUUUUGACGUAUAAAGAGGAAUGCACAGGUGAUACUGCAACACAGAUGCUGUGUAAAUCUCCUAAUAUAACAUCAAUCAGAAUUGGUGGAAAACACAGCUUGACCUUUGGAUUCAUCAUGGACGGGGUCAGCGAACUGUUGACAUGGUCUGAGGACAAUGAGAUCGAGUUGGAGUAUUUUGAAGAUCCAGUUUAUGUCCCGUUUGAGAAUGGAGUGAUGGAGGAAGAUGCCGGAUCAACACUAACAAUACUGGGCGAACGGCUGGACAGUGCAAUCACAGCCUCAGAAAUUCAAGUCCUGAUCGGAAUGGACUUGUGUAUUGUCAACCUGGUCAGUGACACCGCCUUAAAGUGCACUUUACCGGAGAAUGAUCCAGCUCCAGGGGAUUUCAAAGGAGGAGACACCCAGGAAGGUCUGCCGGUGGUCUGGGUGAUACACAGCAACCUUGAGUUUCGCAUCGGGUAUAUUCGGUAUCGCUCUCCAAAUCGCGCCCCAAUCGCUGUAGCUUCAGUCAGCGGGGCCAUUCUAGCGUGCAUCCUGUUUGUGGCGUUCUGCUUUGUAGCCAAGGUGUAUGGAGCCAAACGAGAGGCAAGACUGAUCCUGCAAGACAUGAGAGCUUUGGAGAAAGAUUUGGCUGAUGAGGUCAGACAAGCCUUUGCUGAACUCCAAAGUGACGUGACGGAUUUAACUCGGGACUUAAGCGUGAGUGGCAUGCCGUUUGUCAGCCACCGAGAGUACGCAACCAACAUGCUGUUCAUUGGCCAGGAUAUUAUACCUGAUACCGAGGACGCAGAGGUACACAAAAUUAGCCCAAUUAUUCAAAGAAUCAUUUUUAUUCAUAUAUGUAUCGCAGCCCUGUAUCCCAAAGAGCAAGUAGAGAGGGCCAUGUGUAAGUUCUCCCAACUCCUUAGCAACAAGAACUUUCUCCUCCUGCUCAUCCAAACACUGGAUGCAGAGAGCAACUCCAAGUUGUCCAUCCGAGAAAAACAAUUAAUUGCAUCUUUGCUCACCGUCACGAUGAUUACAGAAAACAAACUGGUCUACUUGACUGAUAUCAUGAUCACAUUGAUGACACUGUUGAUCGAAAAUGCUGCUGAUUCCAACCGUACUCGUCAGCUUUUCUGUCGAACGGAGAGUAUUCUGGACAAGCUGCUGUCAAACUGGGUUGCUUUUUGCCUGUAUGAUCAUCUGAAGAAUCACACCGCGUAUCCGCUGUUUGUGUUGUACCGAGCCAUCAAGUGUCGAAGUGAGAGUGGUCCCAUUGAUGUCAUCACUGGUCGCUCACGCUUCUCGCUCAACUACGAGAAACUUCUACAGGAAGACGUGGAAUUCAACUCUCUGACUGUGGUUGUUCUUGUCAAUGAAGAAGGAGAAGUGACUAAAGACGUAAAAGUGCUAGAUGUUGACACCAUCUCCCAAGUGAAGGAGAAGAUUAUAGAUUCUCUCUAUGUGAACCAGCCCUACUCUCUCCGACCCAGUGCCAGUCAAGUUAGUCUUGAAUGGCGCCAGGGCAGGAGCGGCAAACUUGUUCUGACUGACACAGAUGUGCGGCCAUUGACAGAUAAUUGGCGUCGGAUCAACACGCUCAAAGACUUUUGUGUUGGGGACAAUGCCCUCAUGACCCUGGUUGAGAAGCAGGAUGAGCCUAACGCUACACUCUCUCGACCACUCCUGAAGAUGCAAGGCUCAGCCUCUUAUGAAAACGCCUUUUUUAAUGAUGAGAAGAUCAGAGGCAGGAUGGGUACCAAGCGACGUUAUAGUUUGGCCGAAGUAGAAACUCGAGAAGGAGUGAGAGACUGGCAUCUGACACAGGAGGAGGAAGAGGCGUGGCCAACUGACAAAGAGGGGAGUAGGCAGAGAAACCUAAGAGGAUACAUCUCACUAGAUGCUUUCAGCUCGAGGAAGAAAGUCACUCGUCGUAAGAUCAGAGAGAUCUCCUUCCCAAGACUUCUGUCUACAAAGGGCAUUGUUCAGGAGUAUGUUGACAACAUGUUCCAGGCCAUUCUGUCAGUGAGGAGCGCCCCCAAUGCGAUCAAAUACCUGUUUGACUUCUUCGAUAACCAAGCCUUCCGACAUGAUCUAUCUGAAAAAGACCCGGAUCUAGUCCAUAUCUGGAAGAGCAACAUUUUGCCACUGCGUUUCUGGGCCAACGCGAUCAAGCACCCUGACUACAUCUUUGACAUCCGCCCAUCUCGUAGCGUGGAGGCCAGCCUCGACGUCAUUGCUCAGUUAUUCCACGAUGCUCAUGACGCCAAGAUGCACAAACUCGGUCGGGACACAUCCGUCACCAAGUUGCUGUAUGGCAGAGAGAGGACAAAGUACCACGAUGACAUUGUCUCCUUCUACGAAGAAGUACAGCAGUUACCUCCAGUGCCAACUCAAGAACUGAACAAGGAACUCUACAAAGCUUGCGAGAAUUUCACUGGUCUUUUCAGCAAGUUGAGCACCCUUCAUCAACUUUGGAAACUUGUGCAAAGAUUCAGGCAGAAGAUCCUAGAUGAAAUAAAGGAAAAUGAGCGAUGCAGCGAGGAAAACCUGGAUGUUUUACUGGAGGAGAUCGAGAACAUUCUGUCUGAGGAGCCAGGUAUCGGAGAAGCAGCGGUGUAGAGGAAAGGGGGGUAACUCAAUGCUGGCUGUCAAACCCUCCGAUUUUCCAACAAAAACAAGUUACAUUUUGAAAGUGCAUUUCUGAAAAUUAACUUGAU